GCAAAAUCUAACAGGCUGCAGGGGCUCAAGGAAAUGCCGGCGGCGGUCAAGAACAAGAUCGCUGGCUUCAUGAAUAGCUUGAUCGAGCUCGCCAGAGACGACCCAAGAAGAGUGAUUCAUUCACUCAAAGUUGGAAUAGCCCUCUCUUUCGUCUCUGUUUUCUACUACUACCAGCCGCUCUACGACGAUUUCGGCGUCUCCGCAAUGUGGGCUGUCAUGACCGUCGUCGUCGUCUCUGAAUUCUCCGUCGGGGCGACUCUGGGGAAAGGGCUGAACAGGGGAAUGGCGACCCUGCUCGCUGGAGCGCUAGGGAUUGGAGCCCAUCACGUCGCGAAUCAAUUUGGGCAUGCGGGAGAGCCCUUUGUUAUUGGGUUCUUCGUUUUUAUGUUGGCGGCGGUGACGACGUUUGUGAGGUUCAUUCCAGGGGUGAAGGCGAGAUACGACUAUGGACUCUUGAUCUUCAUCUUGACCUUCUCUUUCGUUUCGGUUUCUGGCUACCGUGACGACGAGAUACUGGAUGUGGCGCAGAAGAGGGUUUCGACGAUCAUGAUUGGCGCAUCUGUAUGUGUCAUCGUCUCCAUUGCUCUGUUUCCUGUUUGGGCUGGUGAGGAUCUUCACUACCUCAUAGCUCUCAACUUGGAAAAGCUUGGUAACUUUCUUGAAGGUAUAACACGAUCGAUCUCUAAACGAAAUUUAGCUCAAGACCCAGAAAGAGAUUUUGCAUAUUCAGCAAGAAAAAUGGAUGCUUUUACAGGAUUUGGAGAUGAGUACUUUCAGGAUCAAGAGUCCAAAACAGAGGAUUUAGCCUCGACACUGCAAGAUUACAGGAGCAUUCUCAACUCCAAGAACACUGAAGAAUCUUUGGCCAAUUUUGCAAGAUGGGAACCAUGCCACGGAAGGUUCCAAUUUCGCCAUCCAUGGAAACUCUACCUCCAAAUCGGCACUCUGGCUCGCCAAUGCGCCUACAGGAUCGAAGCGCUCAACCGCUACCUCACCGCCGAAAUCCAGACGCCGGUUUCAGUCAGGGCCAAGAUCAAGGAACCAGGAACCAAAAUGAGCAGAGAAUGCGGCAGGGCACUGAAAGAGAUGUCGACAGCAAUCAAGGCAAUGUGCCAGCCCUGUGCAUCCGAUGUCCACAUCGAGGCUUCGAAAGCCGCGGCCAAAGGGCUCAAUUCACUGCUGAAAUCGGGCAUAUGGGAAGGCAUUGAUCUGCUUCAGGUGACGCCGGUGGCCACGGUGGCUUCCUUGUUGAUCGACGUGGUGAAUUGCACUGAGAAAAUUGCUGAUGCUGUUGCCGAGCUUGCUUCCAAGGCAGAGUUCAAGAGGUUGAGUGAUGGUGCUCCCUCGCCGGAGAAAUUGGUACGGCGGGGUCAUGUUGCCAUUACGGUUGAGGAGUCUAAUAUGAACAAUCGAGCGUCGGACGAGUGAGGACGGUUUGUAGAUGCAACAAGAAUAAUAAAUAGUAUAGAGUAACAUGAACAUGAUUUGCUUGAUGUCCAAAGGUGAGUUAUGUGAUAAAAAGGCUUUGGAUCAUGAUGGCAAUGAUAUUUGA